UGAAACUACUCAUGCACAAUAAGUUCAUUCUGAGUGUUAUAUAUUAAUAUUAUUUCAUGAUUAUUAUACCACUGCUUUCAACACCCUGACUCUUCGACUCUUCUCAGCACUUUCAUUUCAGCUGCUCCACCAACGCAGACUCAACAUCAUUCAGUGUUUAUGUUUAAAAUUAACCUUAUACUUCUAAUACUCUCCACAGUUUAAGACAAUUUCACCUACAAAUUUGUUAGUGACCUGCACACUUAAAUUUCAAGUGUCAUUUUUUUAACCUAAAUUUAUUAUUGAUGCAUUAACAUGUUAAAAAAUUUCAGUCAAGAUGGAGACUUUUGGCUCUGUUAUUACAGGUUUUGGCAGUUUAAUUUGUAACAAAUUAUAAUCAUAUUUUAUAAACCGAUCUUAAUUCUAAAAAAUGUGAAAUGAUGCCAAAAUAAUUACGUAAUGAGUGGAUUGACAGAAAAUGAAUUUGUAUGGGUAGUACUGUCAUGUACAGAAACAAUCUUUUAAAGUAAUACUUCAAACAUUUUCUACUGUCUGACUCUUAAUCAUGUUUUAUUACCUCCACCAAGGAGGUUAUAUAUUAGUUGCAAUUUGACUGUAAUCAGGAUUAUGCAAAUGUUUCCGAGCCACUUUUAGUGAAACUUUGAGUAAGUGGGACAUGGAACAAAGACGAACCUAUUCAAUUUAGUUCCGGAUCCAGACAUUUUUCUUUCAAGACUUUCUUUAACACUGCAAAAUAGUUUUUUUUUUUAUUACAUUUUCAAAGAUUUCCAAGGAAAUAUCUGGCACAUUUCGGGGGACUGAUAUCUAUGAGUUUGUGACAUUUGGUGCAGCUUGAUUAAAUUUAAGGCCACUCUUCUGAGUGCUAUUCUAGUUCUUUUAUGUGAUUGUACACUGAAUAUCUUUGGGGGUUGGGGUUGUUUGUCAGAUAAAUACAUGUUAAUCCAGCAUCCAGUUAGUUUAGCAUAGUUUAACUUGGCAAAGGACUGGAAACAAGAGGAAACAGGUUGCCCGGCUCUGUCUGAAGGUAAGAAACACACCUUUAAAGCUCAGUAGUUAUGUUAAUUGGAUUUAACAAAUAAUAGAGAAUGUGCUGAAUAGAGAAUGUGGUGGUAAAUGGGUUUUUAUAUAUAAAGUAAUCGGUAGAAUAAUUGACAAUGAGUUAUCAACCCUACAAAUAUACGUAUGGGAGAAAAGAGCACAAGAUUUUUCUGAAUAUGAAGCAGUAUAAUCAAAUUAAAGAGCACAUAAAAAUGACCUAAUUUUGAGUAAAAGAGUGAAUGUACUUUGUUACUCUGCAUGGGUUAGACUGGAAAACACCUUUUGCUUUGAGGUGCAUCCCAAAGAAGUGAUGCUGCAGCUCAUCUCAGAGACAUGACAUCAUCGUUUGUGUGUGUGUGUGUGUGUACGUGCACGAUUGUUGUUGCUAAGGGCGUGGGCAUUGUGUCUGUCUGUCUGAGUGAGUGUGUGUGUGUGUGUGUGUGUGUGUGUGUUUUAUUAUCUUCCUCUGUCUUCAUCAGCUCCAUGGAUCCUCCUGCUUCAGAACCGGAUCCGUUCAUCACCACCUCCUGCAUGGAGACGACAAAUCACGGAUAAGGAAGCAGCCCUGUCUCCGUGCAUCACUCCCUCUUGCAGCCCGGCACUUGAACGCACCACUCGGAGACAGACACAUCCGAUCAGAUGCAUUUAAAUGAAUAAGUCAGACUUUAUUUAACUCAGCCUCCACCGGGCGUUAACCCUGCGCUCCCCCCGGCUUCAUAUGGCUUUUUACCCGCGGAUCAGCUUCAGGUGAAAAGCUGUGAUCAUCAUCUGCUCCAGUCAGACAUGGCAGCGCGCACAUCAGAGCCGCUGUGUCAGCCCUGUGUUUACCACGAAGCUUUCAAAGUGGAGCUACAGGUGAGGAGACCUCUGAUGCCCGUGCAGCUGGGUCCGGAGCAGGUGGGCCUGGAGAUGCUGUGUCUCUGUGGGCAGCUGGACCUCCUCAUCAGGGCACAGAUGCAGCAGUUCCAGGAGCAGUUGGGACAAGGCUGCAGUCCAGAGGAAUCAGACACUUUCCAGGCUCAAGGAUCAGAUAUUCUCGACCAGAUGCUGCAGUGCCUUGAACAUCUACCAAAGCCUAUGCCACAGCUGGAGGACUACCUGGACAUGGUGGGCCUGUCAGCCAUGUUUCCUCGUGUAGAGGUGUUCCUUAUUCAAGGCAGCCCCGUGGAAAUGUUGGAGAGGCCGCCGAUGGACGAUUACUUCUACCACAUCGCCAAACUGAACCAGCUCUUGGUGCUGAGUCAGCAGCUGGAAGAAGAUAUCCGACACCUUGGAAGUCAUAAAUACAUCGCCCACCAGCUCUCGGUCAUAUAUCAAGUCAUCAGCUCUUUCAGGGGAAUUCAGGUCUUCUCUGAAAUAAAGAAAGAUAUUGAGGCCAACUUCAAACAGAUGAAACAGUCUCUGGUGAACGACGAAGGCUCCAGGCACGAGCCUCAGCUGGCUGCUCACUACAUCAACUGGAUAUUAGAAAUAACUCAGAGCUUAACAUCGGCGGUGCUGUCGCUGCCGGAGGACCUGACGGACGACCUCCACCAGGCCGUGACCUUCGUGUCCCAGCUCCUGUCCUGACUCUGUAUCUACGAGCCCUGACGUUCCGACGCAGCGUCUCCAGGAGUCUCCUGCUUCUAAAUGAACUGAUGAUGGUACGACUGUGAAGAGGUGCUACAUGAGUGGAUUGGAAAGCCUACUUCAUUUACAAAUCAACUAGGUUUUUAUAUUUCCCUCCUGAAUGUGACUCGUGUAUUAACACGUGGAGAGUCAGCUGUUUGGAAAUGAAUGUAAGCUUGAGGAAUCCCUCCUUGCACUACUGUUAAUAAAAACUACUGUUGUCAUUUUUUAACCUAAAGUGAAAUUAAAAAAAUGAAAUGCAAUAGAAAGGUGUGUUUGUCUGUUAUGGGACAUGUUUGCUUCAUCGGGUCGAUGUGAUCAUAAUGACACACAUUUUUACAUGUUAUUUUCAUUAUGGCAUGGUGGUGCAGUGGGUUCUGGGUUUGAACCUGACAGCCAGCUGGGACCUCUCUGUGUACCUGUGUUACUCCAGCUUCCUCCGACUGUGAGAGACUCUAAAAUGCUCGUAGGCGCGGUUAUAAGCAUCAGAGGUUGUUUGUCUUUGUUUGUUGGGUCCUGUGAUACACAGGCGUCAUGUCCAGGGUGGACCCCGCCUCUCACCCAAUGUCAGCUGGGAUCGGCUCCGAUAAGAGACAAUGGAUGGAUCUAUAAAUAAAUAAUUUUGUCUAUAUGAUGUAUUCAGAUUUCUUGUUUAAUUCAACCAUAAUAUUCAACCAAAAUAUUCCAUUUGUGAUCAGAUAUGAAAAAGAUCAGCAGCAUAUAAUCACAUUUGAGAAGCUUUAACCAACUCCAUGUUUCCUUUUUCAGUUAAAAAAUAUUUGCACAUCAAUUUUCUCAGCUGAAAGAUGGAAUCCAAAUCAAAUGAUUAUUAAUUAUUUGGUCUCUGUCACCUUGACUGAUGUCUGGGAAAAGAAAUUGUUUGGUUUGUUAAAUAAUGAAAAAAGUGAGAAUCACAAUUAUGGAGAACCCAAAGUGAGCAAAUCUUCAAAACAUUUUUUCUUCUACUUUCGUUUCUUUUAUUCUUG